AACGAGGCCCCGGGUCGACGUGAGCAGCCAUGCAGAUGGAUCAGACCGCGAUGCAGCUGAUACAAGUCCUCGAGAAAACCGUCUCGGGAGACAAAAACGAACUCGAAGCUGCUCAAAAUUUUUUGGAACAAGCGGCCCUCGCUAAUCUCCAUGAGUUUCUACAACGACUCAGCGCGGUGCUGGGCACCUCAACCGCUACUGGCGUUGCCCGCAUGGCAGCGGGCUUGCAACUCAAAAAUCAGCUGACUUCCAAAGAUGCUGGGCUCAAAAUUCAAUACCAGCAACGAUGGUUGGCCCUUCCGGCGGAGACUAGAAGUUACAUUAAGAAAAAUAUUCUGGGAGCUCUCGGAACUGAGGCGAACAGGCCGAGCUCUGCUGCGCAGUGCGUCGCUUACGUCGCUGUGGCAGAAUUACCUGUCGGCGAGUGGACCGAACUAAUCCCAUUGCUGGUGAACAAUGUUACCGACACCGAAAGCACAGAAAUGAUGAGAGAAGCGACGCUUGAAACCAUCGGCUACAUUUGCCAAGAGAUAGAAAGCGAAGUUUUGGUCUCGCAGUCCAAUCACAUCCUCACGGCCAUUAUCCAUGGCAUGAAAAGCUCCAAUACCUCCAUUCCUGUUAGACUUGCAGCAACAAAAGCGCUCUACAAUUCACUGGAAUUCACCAAAGGAAAUUUCGAGAUCGAGACUGAAAGGAAUUUCAUAAUGGAAGUUGUUUGCGAGGCAACGCAAUCAGCAAACGCACAAGUACGCGUCGCUGCACUUCAAUGCCUUGUUAAAAUAAUGUCUUUGUACUAUCAGUUUAUGGAACCGUACAUGGGUCCUGCACUAUUUCCGAUAACGUUGGAAGCGAUGAAGUCGGAGAUCGACGACGUAGCAUUACAGGGCAUAGAAUUCUGGUCGAACGUGGCGGACGAGGAGGUGGAUUUAUCGUUGGAGGAGGGCGAAGCAUCGGAAGGAGGUCGUGUGCCGUCAAAAGUUUCGCGUCACUAUGCGAAAGGCGCGUUGCAAUAUUUGGUUCCAGUGUUGAUGAGGAAAUUGACGAAGCAGGAAGAAUUCGACGACGAGGAUGAUUGGAAUCCGUCGAAAUCAGCGGGCGUUUGUCUCAUGCUGUUGGCUUCGUGUUGCGAGGAAUCGAUCGUGCCAUUCGUGCUACCCUUCGUGAAGGACAACAUCAAGAAUCCAGACUGGCGUUUCCGGGACGCAGCCUUGAUGGCUUUUGGCUCGAUUUUGGGAGGUUUGGAUCAAACGACGUUGAAGCCGUUGGUAGAGCAGGCGAUGCAGACGUUGAUCGAGUUGAUGUACGACAACAGCGUUGUCGUGCGGGACACGGCGGCGUGGACGUUCGGGAGGAUCUGCGAGAUAAUACCGGAGGCGGCGAUAAAUCCUCCGUACUUGAAGCCGCUGUUGGAGUCUUUGGUGAAUGGUUUGAAAGCGGAGCCGCGAGUGGCGGCGAACGUGUGUUGGGCGUUCACGGGAUUGGCGGAGGCGAGUUACGACGCAGCGGCGGUGGAGGAAGGCCAGCAGCCGGAGACGUACUGCAUGUCGCAGUUUUUCGACUUCAUUGUGCAGCGUCUCCUGGAAACAACGGAUCGUCCGGACGGGGCCCAGGCGAAUUUGCGCUCGGCGGCUUACGAGGCGCUCAUGGAAAUGGUGAAGAAUUCUCCGCGAGAUUGUUACGUCACGGUGCAAAAAACGACGAUGGUUAUUCUCGACAGACUGCAGCAGGUUUUGCAGAUGGAAACGCACUUCCAGAACCACUCGGAUCGCGCUCAGUACCACGACCUCCAAUCGCUCCUGUGCGCGACGUUGCAGUCGGUUCUUCGUAAAGUCACGCCGGAGGACGCUCCGCAAAUAUCGGACGCCAUAAUGACCGCCGUCCUCGCCAUGUUCGCCUCCAACUCCUGCAAAGUCGGCGGUGUCCAGGAAGACGCUCUCAUGGCAGUUUCCACCCUCGUCGAAGUCCUCUCCGACGGUUUCCUCAAGUACAUGGACGCUUUCAAGCCUUAUCUCUGUCUCGGAUUGAAAAACUACGCCGAAUAUCAAGUCUGCUGCGCCGCUGUCGGCCUCACCGGCGACAUUUGCCGGGCUCUUCGCAACAAAAUGCUGCCUUACUGCGACGAGAUCAUGACUCUGCUCCUCGACAACCUCGGCAACGAAACCGUCCACCGAUCCGUCAAGCCUCAAAUUCUUUCAGUUUUCGGCGACGUCGCCCUCUCCAUUGGGCCCGAGUUCAAAAAGUAUCUCGACGUCGUUCUCCUCACCCUCGCUCAAGCCUCCCAAGCCAACGUCGACCGCAGCGACUACGACAUGGUCGACUACCUCAACGAACUUCGAGUCGGCGUCCUCGAAGCCUACACCGGUAUCACCCAGGGCCUCCGCGGCGACGGUGCCACCCCCAGUCCCGACGUCGCUCUCGUUGAACCUCACGUUCCCUUCAUCAUCACCUUCAUCACCUCGAUCGCUCUCGAUCGCGAGCUCUCCGAAGAAGCCAUGGCCGCCUCCAUCGGCCUCCUUGGCGAUCUCGUCACCGUCUUUGGCGCCAAAUUACUUCCCAUGGUCGAAACUGAACCCCUCACUGAACUCCUUACCAAAGGACGACGCGCGAGAAGCAACAAACCGAAAACCCUCGCGACGUGGGUCACCAAGGAAAUCAGGAGACUGAAGACCGCCAAUUCUGCCUCGAGUUGAUCGCCCCAAGAUUGUACACUCGUGCAAAUUGAUUUGACUAGAAAGCUAUCGAACACAAUACAAAGACAACAAGAUUGGAUGGUGCGGAUGCGAGUUGAUGGAUGUGCGUGAGUUCCGAGAGAAAAAAAAAGCAAAAAAAAAGACAAAAAGGUGAAAAAGCGAAAAAAAAUCGAAAAAAUAUAACAGGAGCGAAGAUCGAUGAUGAGGAUGAUGAUGACCGGAUGCGAGAGGUUGAAUUUGGAUGUCUGCGCGUGUUCCUGCUUUUUGGCCAACAGCAAAAAAAAACAUACAAAAAAAAACACAAUUUACCGACCAAGUUUCGAGAGAAAAUGUUCUCGUCCCCCGGGGGGAAAAGAUCCACUUGAGAGAAAGAGCGAACGAAAGAGAGAGAGCGAGAGAAUUCGAGUUUUGACGAAUGUAAAGAGAGAGAGAGAGAGAAAGAGUGUGUGUAUGAUAAUGAGAAAAAAAGCGAAAAAGUGGCGAUUAAAUAGCAAAAAAUGCAAAUAACUAUUGCAACCAAAAAUAUGAGAGAGAGAGAGAGAGAGUGUGAAAUAAGGUGAGAGAGGAAACAAAAUUUGAGACGAAUUUUGAAAAAAACGUGAUGCUGUGCCAAGAAUAUCUGUCGUGGACGAUGCGCGUGAAAGUGCGUUGCCUGAGAGACGAAAGGGAGAGUGAGAAAAAGAGAAAAAGAGAGAGCGAGAGCAAGAAUGGGAAGGAAAAAUGGAGGAUAUGCGCGAAGCAAAAAUUUCGAGCAUCGAACGAGAAUUUCGUCGUCUUUUUUUUUUUUUUUUUUUUUCUUUUUAAUUAAUUUUUUGUUUCCAAGUCACAAAGUCGGAGCAAAAAAGCAAGAGAGAAAGAGAGCGUAUGGAGGAGAGAGAAAUUGUGACGAGUGGAUGAGAGCAGCUUGCGAAGGAGGCAAAGCCGAAAAAAUGUGAUGAGGAGCGAGAGAAAAAGAGAGAGAAAAAACCAGUCCAAGUUUUAGCCGUGCCUGGUUGAGGUGAUAAUUAAUCACGUGUGCGUUUUUUUCUUAUCUUUUUUCUUAAACCUCCGAAAAUGUACGUUUGUGAGCGCGCGUGUAUGGUGAAUAAAUAUUCUUUUUUUCGCAACUGUCCGUUACCUGUUGAUUCGAUCGAGGGAGGAGCACACGGGAGAAACGAAAAGUAUGAGAAAAAUGCACGCGUUUUAUCCCCGCGAGGCCGGGAAUGUCCAUUUUUCUGAUUCAUUUCUUACCUCUCCCCCAACUGCGUCCCAUUGCUUUUUUUCAAUUGUUAUUACCGAUGAUUUUCCACCCCCAAUUUGUCCUUGAAUGAAAAAUAUGUAUAUAUAUAAAUUAUAUAUACGUAAAAAAACGAGGGAAGAACGGAAGGAAGAAAAUGAAAGAAAAAAAAACGGUGAUGAUGAGAAAAAGUGGAGUUUUAUUUUUUUAGCCGUUCGUGUCUUUGGACAAUCGCGCGCGUGGAUUCAAAAAACGAGAGUACCUCGAAUAAAUGGGCUUGUGAUAGUACGAAUUAAGCGAGAAAGAGAGAAUGAGAGCGUGUGCAUAAGAGCUUUAGUGAAUAAGAAAUGAAUUGCGAAAAUUCGCGUGCCUAAUUUGUUUUUUUUUAGCGAUUUAGGGCACUAGAUAAUAAUUUUCUUUCCAUUUGUACGAAAUAUUGCGAUUGCCGGAAAGUCUGUGACUUUAUUUUCAUUUUUUAGGUUUUAUUUUGCAUUUUUGUUCUCCCCCUUUUAAAAAUUUUUUUUCUUCCAUUUUUUAAAUACAUAUCCGAGCAAUGAAAAAAUUUCGUGAGCGUGGAACGUUACGAUAUGAUUGAUGUAUAAAUGUAUGUACGAAAGCAUAUUUGCCCUUGUGUUUUAAUGUACCUGUGCAAGCUGCGCGAUCGAGAGAACGAAAGAGCGAGAGAGAGAACGAAUAAACACUACAAUUUUGAGCCACGAGA